CCACUUCAAUCAAAUUUUGAUGAAAGACAUCCACUGAAUGAUUUUGCUUGCAUCAGAAGUUAUAUUACCUUGCUGUUUGCCAUCACUGAUAUGGAUAUUCUAGUUUUCAUAUUUUGCCUUAUUCAUAAAAGUUAGUUUGUUUUUUUUCUAGGGAAUAUUUCGCCUUGCUUACAAAGUGUAGUAUUUUAGCUUUGAGUCUUUUGACCAAAUUAAAGUACGAGAUCAACUAACAUUAACAUGUAUAUUUGUUAUCUAGCUUGCACUCCAGACUGUGAAAUUGAGGAUCCUAUGUUGGUUUUGUUUGUUAAACUGGGAACAUAAUCUGUGGUUAAUAAAUUUGAGGCGUGUCUAAGGAUGGGUUUCAUAGUAAUUACUAAUUAGGAACUCAUUAUCAUAUAGUUUCAGUCAAUCAUACAUCGUGCUAAGUCGGUCUCGAGAUAUAACUUAUUCUGACAUUGAAAGAGCUGAUUUUAUCGUCAUAUUGAUCUAUUGAAGAGGAGCCAACUGUAAUUGCAUUUGGAGUUCUUUUUUAGAUUUUUUGGUAGAUAUUAUAAUAUGGAUUGACUAGGAUGUUUGGGACACCUUCCCCUGUGUGUGUGUCAUGUGACUUCUGAUAUGACUGCUCUUAAUUUAGUUGGUUAGUGAUGAGAGUCUCAGGUGCCCUUAAUAAUUGAGUGUCUGCCUAUAUAAUGGGCGAUUGUUGCUAGUGGAUUAUGGACAUGUGUCCGGCUAGGAUUCAUUUCUUCCUUAGAGUUUUCCUUCCAUCUCCAGUUGCAUUUUAAGUUGUAAGAAGAACUCUAUUUUGGGGUAGGUUAUGAAUUAAUGAAGUUGUAGUUGGCUGCUUCGGCAGAGUUACUUAGAUUCCCUUCUAUUUCCAAUUUGUUUCCGUUCCAAUCCAUCCUCAAUUGUACUAGAACAGUACAAGUGCUAUCAGAUUCGUUCGAUCCAUGGAGGCGUUCGAUGAAAUCAAUAAGCCAGCUGAUAAUAAUACUCUUCAAUUGAAUGGGUUCUUAACAAUGGAGGAAUUAGAGGAUCUCAAGAGUAGUUUUGCGCAUAUGCUAGACGCUGUUUUCGAGAAACAUUUUGGCCAGAAGACCUACAAUCGUGAAGAUCCAGAAGGAGCUUCCAGUGGUGGGUUCUCAUCUGAUGAAGGAGAUUCUACUAAAUCAACUGGACUUUCCGACCUAAUCAGUGAAGCUGUUGCUCAAGAUUUGUGUGUUGAUACAUCUGAAGAAGCAAAAUCAACUCCUACUUCAGUUCCGUUAAGUUCUGUUUCUCCAGUUCACACUCAGGUUGAAUCUCAGAACGUUCAAUCGAUUUCUUCCGGCGCUGAUAAGGAGGAUUCAAUUGAUAGUGUCAAUUCCCAAGUUGAUGAAGCUGCAAAGACCGCUACAAAUGCUUUCGUCAAGAUAUGUCAGGUUAAAAUUGAUGAGGGUAAUUGUGAGGAACUUGAAUGCUCGAAGGAAUUGGUCUUUCGUCACAGUAACCUAAUUGGCUAUUUUGAUACAAGUUCUUCUUGUGUGAUUGCUCGGCUUGGGUCUAUAUUCCUGGAAAGGUACAAUGAGGGUUUGGUUUGUGAGAUGUUUCCAAGACAUGAGUAUCUGUCUGAACUUCACUGUCUGAAUUCGUUGAGUCUUCGGUUUGUCUAUGUUGUUGAAAUUGGUGGUGGAUGGAAAUUGGUUGCUGAUUUGUCAACGACAAAUAGAAUUUUGAUUCUCUUGUUAGCUAGAAUGGUGAGCAUUGGCAAGGCACAUAAAUGGUAUGCUCUAGUGCUUGGUAUGAAGGUAGCGGAAUUUUUUUUCUUACAAUUCGCAUGUGUGUUGCUUGAGAUGAUUCAAAUUCUAAACGUGUUGUCGUGGAUUGAGUACUUGAGGUGGAAAUUCAAGUUCUUUUCAAAUGGUUGGUUGAGUAAAAUUUCCUGUGCAGCUGGAAGGCUUAACCAGUUUGAAACUUCUCCUGCGAUGGUUGUUUAUGUGCAAUUAUUAACGAUUAUCGUUCCCAGACAAGAGGGUGAUGUGCACCAGAUUCUUUUGAAAAAGUUUCGAAAAAUUUCAGUGCUUAUAUUUUAUGUUCACACAAAUGUUCGCACUGGUUUGUUUCUUGCACAAAUUGACACUUGUCAGCACUCUCCAUUACUUCUGAAAUACUUUGGAGGUUUCUGAUUCGAGAGGGAGUUACAAUAACAGUUGCGCAUUCAAGUUUCAUUUAUCUGCACACGUCUUGUCGUGUUGGGCAUUCUAAGAUCCAAGUUAUAUACUUACAGAUGUUAGUGGACUUUUUGAGAUGGAAAUACAAAUGGUACUCUACAGGUUUAAGGAAUACUUCAAAUGCGAGUUUGACCAUUAAACUGGUGAGCAGGCACUCUCUUCGCAUUCAUGAAUUGAAAGGCUCGAUUGCAAUUAUGUGGGUUGAGACCGGUGCUGUUUGCAAGUUAUUGCAUAAAAGGUUACAACAGGGUACAGUUCUAUGGUCUAGGUUGCUACUUCAAGUGGAAGGUCAUCAUGCAGCUAGUACUGCGAGAGAAUUAUUCGACCAACUACAUCAUAGCAGUAGAUACAGUUUCUGUGAUGCUCUACUCUUCCAGAUGGGAGGUGGUUUACAUACAUAUCAAGUUAUUCCCAAGCGACCUACCUGUAAUUUUGUGUUUCUUGCUCUUAGUACCAGCAAGCCGAGUCAUCAGUCCUUGCAGCAGGAGAUCGGAUUAUGCUGGCUUAAUCUCAGUUUUUCGAGUAUAGCACAUGGUGGUGUUUUCACUUGGUUUUUCAUUUGGUACCAACAGAACCUAGAUCUACAGUCUGUGGUAGUAAUGAAGGUUGUUCUGGAUGGAAAAAGUCUCUUGUAGAGGGGGUGAAAAUCAUGGUGCGUCCGCAUUCCAAGGUUGUUGAGCAGCUUAUGGGGCCAGCUAAUCUCCAGCAACACCUUAGGUGGCAGUUACAUGUGGUACCACUUCAAAGCUACACUUCAGCAACAGUUACAGGAAGCGGUCUAGAAAUUUUACAAGCAAAUUUAUUGACAACUUCCAAGAUGUUGAAGACUGCAUAUACAACGUAUUGUUCUGCAGUAACCGUAGUCUGGGAUAUGGCAGUUCACUUCUAUAAUGAAACGGGCAGUGGUAUAGAAGGCACACUGUUCAGAAGCUAUGUCCAGAUUUUCAGAAUGAGUUUCUUUUCGCACUAUCCGUAUCAUGCACGUGGGGUCUAUGCAACUCUUGCUUUUCUAAAGGAGGUUGAGAUAAUUCUAACUCUGUUGCUGUGGGUAUGGUACUUAAGGUGGAAAUUUCGAUUCUUUUCACCCGGUUGGUGGCGGGUAACAAAUGUUUUUCUCUCAGUUGGGGGCCUUGCCAAAAACUGGAAUUAUAGGAGCUAUUUGUUUUACCAAGCUACAGUCCCCAGUCUAAUUACACUUACUCUUAUGAGGAGCAAUCUAUCAUCGGCAAGUUUAAUGAGUAUAAGAAAGAGACUGCUGCCAUAAUUGAUAUUUUGUCUUAUGUCAUGCUCAACAUGCAUCUUUGUGCUUCUGUCAACUAUUGGGCCGGUGUCUCCACCAAUUAAGGGUUGCCUCCAGUUGGAGUUUUCUUGGGGGUUACUGCUAGUUCAAUUCAGACUCCUGGUGAUUCAUAACUUAUCUGUGCUCAUGUUGCUGGUCUCAUUGCAGUGGGAAAUUAGUAUGCUUCUUAUGGGCGUCUGGAGUGCAAGUACUGUAACGUGGAUCAAUAUGGACUUCACAUCAGUUGUCAUCAUUGGGUCUCACUUGUAGAUUCUUGAGAAGUGGAAGUAUAAACGAAGAAAUGUCAACAAGCUCAAGCAACUUGCAUCUGCAUGUGAUGAUCAUCUCAAUAGUGUACUCUUGUGCAAUCAAAGACAACGUGAGACCAAUUUUCUCAUCCUUGAGGACAAGGAUGUCUUUAAGGGGAGUGGAUUGUCAUGUGACUUCUGAUAUGGCUGCUCUUAAUUUAGUUGGUUAGUGAUGAGAGUCUCAGGUGCCCUUAAUAAUUGAGUGUCUGCUUAUAUAAUGGGCAAUUGUUGCUAGUGGAUCAUGGACAUGUGUCCGGCUAGGAUUCAUUUCUUGCUUGGAGUUUUCCUUCCAUCUCCAGUUGCAUUUUAAGUUGUAAGAAGAACCCUAUUUUGGGGUAGGUUAUGAAUUAAUGAAGUUGUAGUUGGCUGCUUCGGCAGAGUUACUUA